AUGCCCAUCCUACCAUCUUCCACUACAACGACCCCGUUCUUGGACAUGUUCUACUCGCUCGAGUACGCUCCCGGGCCCGGCUAUCAAUUCUUCGCUGCCCUCUUCAACAAUUGUGUUGACAAUUACAAGCUUGCGGAUUGGGACUACGGUUACAAAAGGAAUGAGAGCGACCCUAACGAUAAGUCACCCAUCCUUUACCUUGACAAACCUUCGCCUCCGCCGGAACUAUUCGGCAUCGAGCUUCGUCAAUGUGUCGAGGGCGAAAUUCUUUUACCCGGCCAUGUUUCUAUCCCUCGCAUCGAGUAUGAACAGCUCUCUCGUCUCGCUAGCCAGGAUGCCCUUUGUGCCAACAAAUUUAGGACCAAGGCUGUUAGGGAUCGUGCCGAAAGGAAGGCUUACAAGGAGGCCACCCAGUUCGGUACGGGAGGUUUCGGAUACAUUGACCCCAUCACAAAAGCAAAAAGGGAGAAAGCUAAAGGUCGUGAAGAGCUUCUCCAUGGUACUGGUCAAUCCUCCUCCUCCUCCAUUGUUGUCGAUGAAUAG